AUGUCUUCAAUUCCUUUAUAUCUUAAGAUUAAAGAUUCAGUAUCAGCACUAAAAGAUGAUGGCUAUAACUAUAACUAUCAACCAUCUUUUAAUCAAACAUCAACAAGCUCUAUUUCAUUUAAUGAUGUAAGUUAUGAUUUUAAACAAAUUUUAAAUUCAAAGUCAACAAACUCAGACUAUAUAAACUUGAUUAAUUCACCUUCAAAUUCUUCAUGUAUUAUUCUUAUGGGCCCAACGUCAAGUGGUAAAACAACAUUAUUAAAAUAUUUAAUUCAUUUAAAAAUCAAAACUUUUUCAGAUUCUUCACAAACGCCUUUCAUUUCGAGUUUUGAAAUUUCAAAUAAUAAAAAUAUAAUCGAUUUAUUAGAUGACAAAUCCAUUUCAAUAAUGAGUAAUUCUGAAAAUAAUUUAACUAGAUCUAAAUUAACCAUGGAUAUAAUCAAAUCAAUUUUUAAAAAAAGAUUAACUAAACCAACCAAAUUUAAUUCAAAUAGUUCCAGACUGUGUCUUGUUAUUACUUUCUAUUAUCAAGGUAUAAGAUCUACAUUUAUCGAUUUAAUGGGUAACGAAAAAUCAGGGGAGAAUAAAUUUGCAAAUUUGAAUAUCAGUUCAAUUACACAAUUAAUGAUAAAUAAACAAAAUAGAUCAAAUAAUUUUAUUACAAAUUACAUCUUCAAGAGUAAAGAUCUAAAAAUUGUUUUGAAUUUGGAUCCAUUUGGUGAUGAAAAAUUAAUUAAAUCUAAUUUGGAAAAUAUCGUUAAAGUUGUACUACAAUUUAAAUUUAAAUUACAAGACAAGAAUGUUGAAAAUACCACAAGACUUUCACCUCCAAAUUAUACAAAACCAACAAUGAGUUCACAUUCAUUUGGCGAUAAUAAAAAGAAAGAAUUUAAAAUAUUCAAAUCGCCUACAAAAUCCGUUUCAUCUGUUAAAGUUAAAUUAGAAUCAAUAAUAAAAGAGAAACUAGAAUUGAAGAAAACAUAUCUUGAGAAUGUCUUAGGUUUCAAGAAUGAUAUUACUGAGUUUAGAGAUGAAUCUAAUAAAUUAUUUACAUUAAUUAAAGAUUUAGAAUUGAAAUUGACUCAUUUAAAUAAUGAAAAUAAAAGUAUAACCGCUGAAAAAGAAUCAUAUGUCAAAGAGUUAGAUCAAUUAAAACUGCAAUAUAUUGACAUUAAGGAAAAUAAAUCUAGAUUAGAAAGUGAUAUAAACCAGUAUGAAUCAAAGAUUUUAACACAAGAUAAAGAAAUAAAGAAUUUGAAAGAUUUAAUUAGAUUGAAAGAUGACAACUUGAAUGGGUUGAAUGAAUUAAAAUCACAACGUGAUGAAAUUAAGAAAUCUAAAUCAGCUUUACUUCAAAAUAUCAAUGAGUAUAAAUCUCAAAUUGCAGAUGUGAAUAAAAAAUUAGAAUCAAAAGACAAGGAAAUUGCAGAUUUACAUGAUGCAAAUUCAUUAGCUAAUGAACAAUUGAACGAGAAAAAAGCACUAGAAGCAGAAUACAAAUCUAAAGAUGCUUCAAUUGAAGAGUUAAGAUCAAGUAUUCUUUUAAAAAAUAAUAAUAUUUCAAAUUUGAAUCAACAAUUACUGGAAAAUGAGAGUAAGAUUAGAUCAUUGAAAGAAGAAUUAGAUAAUGCUAACAAAAUUUUCAAAAUGGAAAUUGCUUCCAAAGAAACAACAAUUGAGCAAUACAAAUUAAAAGAGAUUGACAACAUUGGGAUUAUUGACUCUUUAAACUCACAAAUUAAACAAUUAAACAAAGAACAUGUUAACGUCGUUGAGUCAUUGAAGGAAGAGAUUAAAAAACUCAAGUUAAACUCAGCUUUAAUUGAAAAAUAUAAAAGCACAAUCAACGAUUUAGAAUUUCAAAGAAAAUCAGUAAUUGAAGAAAAAAAUCAACAAAUUGAAUCAUUACUGAAUGAAUUACAAAAUUUCAAAAAUAAUUUUAAGUCCGAUGAAUCAUCAAUUGAAGAGUUCAACAAGACUAUAAAUGAAUUACGAUCACAACUUAAAACAACGAAUAAGGAAAAAGACGAAAUGAUUGACAAAUUGAAGCAAGAAAAAUUAGAAUUUGAAUCUCAACUUGAUACAAAAGAAAUAGCAAUCGAAGAAUAUUAUAGAAUUAUACAUGACUUGGAAUCGAGAAUGAAAAUCUUGAAUGAAGAAAAUGAUAAGCAAGUUCAGCAUUUAAAAGAUAAAUUGAAUAAUAUUCAAUCAAAUGAAUCCGAACAGAUCAAAUCAUUAAAGGAUCAACUUGAAUCAUUAAAAUCAUCAUCUCAACAACAAUUAUCACAAUCUGAUCAAAAAUUUAAAGCUUUAAAGUUCGAAUUAGAAUCGGAUUUAGCAAUUGAAAAACAAAUGAAUUUAGAUUCACAAAAUAAAUUGAAAGCAAAAAUUGAAAAUUUAAAAUCACAAUUAAAAGAAAAAAACGAAUCAAUGAGUUUAGUUUCAAAUUUCAAUAAAUUGGAUGAUACUACUAGAUUUACAUCUGAUCAAAUUUACAAUGAUGAAAAUCAAAACAUCUUUUUAGAUAAUAGUAAUAAUGAUAGUUCAUCAAGAUCUUCCAGCUCAUCACCAUCUAAAUCGAAUAAUAAGGAUAAUAUAUUAAAACUAAGUAAUAAAUUUGAUAACAAAAUGUCAUACAAGAAGUUAUUCAAAGAGUCAAGUAAAAAUAAUUUGAAAAGAAAGUUAGAUUCUAGAAAAUCUUCAAUGAGUCCAAAUAAAAUGUCCAAAAACAAAGUUAAAAAAUCUCCAACUAAAGAUGUCAUUACAAUCACUUAA